AUGACAACGCACUCUUGGGAGGAACUUGCAAAGCACUUACCUUCCAGGAAAAAUUUCUAUAAUAAAUUUGAAGGGGGUGCAGAGGAGUGUAAGGAUAAUUGCACAAGUAAGGUGGAUAGUGCUCUGAGUUCACUAAGCGGACAGGGGGGGGAUUCUGUGAAUAGAAUUAAAGCAGCAUGGUACUAUGCACAUUACAUGUAUAAAGGCAAGGACAAUGAGAGUAAUAGUGCACCUUGUGAAUUCUUAUACUAUUGGAUAGGCGAUCUGUUAUCGAAGAAUCAUGGUGGGAACCUCUAUGAGAGUUCCCUACGAAAUAUUUGCAAUGGUAUAAAGAAUACAUAUGAGGGAAAGGGAUGUAAACUUCCUUGUGACUCCAUUAAAGAGGAAAAAUUUCAAGAAAUGAAAAUAAUACAUGAUUUCUCUUAUGACUAUGAGCACAUACGGGAUUAUCUAAUAUACUACACUACUAAUCAUAGCACGAACUUCAGUAAAUAUCGCACCAAAAUUAAAGAAACAGCGGAAACUAUGGAUACGCAGUGUGACGGCGCGGGGGAUGCGUACUGUAGAGAUUUCUUGACAAAGCUUAAGGACCGAAUUAAUGGGAACCUGUCAGAAUUAGAGUCUGAUGUAAAGUCUGCAGAAGAAAGGAAAGUGUCUGCAGAGAAAGCAGAAUCCCUUAGAACAGAAGAAGCCGUGCGUCAAGCCGUAACGAAUGCCACCACUACAGCAAGCCUUACUUCUAUCUUGGGUACGUUGGCAACGGUAGCUACCCCUCUCUUAUUAUAUAAGUAUAACUACCUACCUUCUGGGAUAAGUAACUUAUUUAGUGGAAGAAAUGGAGAAAAGGGCACAAGGAGAAAGAGAAGAAGAUCUAUUGGGCACGACUUUGAUGCGUCCACCGUGGACAACUUAACGGAAUAUACCAUGGAUAAUUCCACAAUAGAUCCAAUGGAUGGCGUUUCCAGCACACUGCGAUCUGCUGUAUACAGCACAGGACAGUCCAGUGGAGGACGAAAUAAUACGCGGGGUCCUGGAAUAGUGGGUUAUCAAAACAUGUAG